AUGGUAUCUUUCGUCUUGCUGACUACUAUCACCGCUGCGCUGUUGCCUGUAGCAAUCUGCGCUGACUUGGGCAAGAACUACAAAGAAGGUACAGAGUGGAGGUUUCUCGAUCAUUUCAUCACCUGGACGCAACAAAAGCACCCCAGCGACACCACCUUGGCGAAUAACUUGCGUGCUAAGGGCACUUUCUGGAAUAGUGAACGAGCGAAGGGGUAUAAACCUUUGGAUAAGGUAUCACCUUCCGACAAGAAGGAUUCGAGCUGCAUCGUGACAUUUUACUACCCUACGAUGCCUCAAAGAGGAUUAGAUAGCCGUGACCCAAAGAAGGACCGCGAUCAUACUUGGGGCGUGCCAUUCGCUGUGAACCCUGUCUGUGGAAAAGACGCUAUUCCUUCCGACAGCGCGGACUUUCCCGAUCACGAUACAGAAGCUGAAGGUGAUCAAGAACGAGCCGUUGUUUUUCACCAGCUUUUCGGGGGUGAUAAACACAUGGAAGACGUAUAUUUGACAUUGACGGAUAACUUGCAGGCGGAUCAGUCAAAGGACGACUGGACUCUUGCAGAUUUCAAGACAUACCGGAGUUCCUGGCCUGGAACAGCUGGCGGGGCCAACAACAAGAUUUACUCAGCCUUCGACUGGACGGAAGCAGAAAUCGAGGACAGGCAGUCCAAGAUUUAUGAGAUGGCAGCAGGAUGGAUUAAUGCAGCCCAUAAUGGAACUAUUCCAAAUCCUUACAAAUUUGGCAAAGGGAGCUCCAAAUGGCCGGAGUACACAGGAAUCAACUCGUUCUGGGGAUACGAGUCUGACGGCACGUGGAUCACAGAAUUCCCAUCUGCUGAAUCUCUCAAGCAGUGA